AUGUUCAAAUCCCACCUGAUCGCCCUCGCCGGCCUCGCAACCCUCCAUCAAGCCACCGCCCUCCCAGCGACCAACAACUCCACCCCAGUCAGCAUCAACCCAGUAACCGGCUGCUUCAAACACACCGUCAGCGUCGGCGACGGCGACCCUCACCAGAACUACUUCAACAUCCAAGUAACCGAGAACCUGGACUGCGGCUCCGGAGGCACUGGCUGCUCCGUCAGCCACCUGAACUCGCACACACUGAUGUGGUCCGUCAACCCGGGCGUCAUCAUCGACGAGUGGAUCACCGGUGGCUUCGCGGUCGGAGAGUCGUAUACCACUGGUGAUACUUAUACGUGCAACGCAGGCUCAGGCCAGACCGUCUGUGUGUGGAGCAAGGUUGCUUAUACCGCGUACACCGUCAUGAAUACCCAGACUGGACCCAACUGUGGUGGGACGAUUGAUCAGACCCCGUUUGUGUUGAAGUCGCCGAACUCGGGGGAUAAUGCGAGCUAUUAUUGCGUCUAUGGGACUGCCUGCAGGUCGGAUGGGCAGGGGUAUUGGGAUGAUAAUGGUCCUGCUGGUGGGCCAUGA